AUGCCUGGUCACAAAGUGCUGCCCAAACACCAACCAUCGGUACGUCGGGUUGUGCGGACACCCAAGUGCGCCCGAUGCCGAAACCACGGCGUCGUGUCUUGCCUGAAGGGCCACAAGCGGUUUUGCCGGUGGCGGGAUUGUCGCUGCACGAACUGUCUACUGGUGGUGGAGCGACAACGUGUGAUGGCCGCUCAAGUUGCGCUGAGGCGACAGCAAUCCAGCGACCAGGGUAGCGGCAAUGGAGCGGGGAAGGCGCCGGGAAGCGACACCGCAUCGGGCGGCAGAGGUGGGGUCGACGGUAGGAAGAGGAGCGCAAAGGAUGUCUCGCCCGAGGAGCUGUCGAACAGUAAACGGAAACUGGCAGAGAUAGGUGCCGAGGCUAGCCGUUUAAAAGAGAGGGUGAAGAGGCUGAGCUCGACUGCAGCAAGGGGAAGGUUCCAUGGAUCUAUUGCAAGAGACAUACUGGAAGGACACCGUGGUAAACCCGGUCGACUGUCAUCCCGUGUUCCUAACCGCCCGGUCAUCUUCCUACCGCCACUAGUCAGUGAGAGGAUGCGCAAACGACGCGCUUUCGCCGACAAAGAACUUGAAACGACCAUGUUGCAACGCGAAUGCCAAUGGACAUUGAUGCUGGCGUACGCAGCCGGUGACAAGACGCUGGCGCCUUUCGCGUCGAAUCCCGUCUCGUAUUUCGACGUAGGUCGAACUGGCAACCAAGAUGCACACAAAGGACACUUAGGAGCAAUGGGAACCAGGCUCGAAAAUUUGAACCAGGCGAGGGAGACAAUGACAAAGGGUUCGGAAGCAUCGUGGAAAGGAUCGUUGGGCGGUGACGAACGUCUGCGAUGCGGUGUCGGCGAGGUGCCGACUUUGUCGCCGGGCGUCGCAGAACGCGUCGCAGCGUCUUACAUGAGGACGAUGAAUCCCUUGAUGAUGUCAAGUGUUCCGCAGACGCCCUUCAAGCAGGAUCACAGAGUUGGACCGGGGCAAUUUCCGGUGAACUCGUAUCCACAUUCUGCACAAACAACCGUAGUAAUGAAUGAAAAACCUUAUGACAGAACACGUGAAGACACUUACCUGCAUGCUUCGAAAGCGCUUACCUUGUCCAAGGGCGAAAGACGGACAGGUGACGAAAGUUUGAGCAGCUCGUCGCAGGAUGGCACAGAGUUGGACAACCGUCCAGAAGACGUCGAAUACGUGAUUCCGCGUUCAGGGGACAGCGAUGCUGACUUGGGAUGUGUAAGUCCUGAUCACGACGGAAACAGAAAUGGACAAGAACUUGGUCAGAAAGGUGGGGAAGGUCCAAGCGGUGCGCCUGGAGUAGUUGUUGUGCAAAGUUCCUAUGAAACGAAAAGACAAGCACCUAAAAGUUACUUAGCCUUCUCAAUUGAGAGUUUGUUGAAGAAAUGAUGAUGGAACAUCAGGACGAACAAUAUGAGACUGAACCGUGAUGGAGAAAGUUAUAGUAAAUACUCUAACACAACAUAAUGGUUCUAGGAAAGACAUUUCGUAAUGAUUCUUUUGCUUUUUUAGUUUUUCAAGGAGCUCUUUAUUUCCUUAUAAUAUUCAAACUUACAACACCUGAAUAACAAUAAAAAGUCAUAUCGGUUUGAAAAUUAUGCUUGAUGGACAUUGAUUACUAGAACUCAAUAGUACCUUUCAUAAAGGCGAUUAAUGAAAAUGUUUCUUACAUUAAGUUAUGUGUCUAAGGCCUGGCAGAAGACUCAAGGGUAGCUGAUUAAAACAAAUAUACAUUAAAACAAAAAGUUUAUUCUGUCUUGUGGAAUCAUGGUGAAGCAAUGUCACUUUCUAAAGACAUAUUCCAACUAUGAACUACGCUGAUCAAGCUCAAACAAAAAUACCACGAUUAUUCAUAUUG